CACCAGCGUACACCUCCAUGGACGCGUCAAAGCGAUGCGUGCCCUCUGCCUCUGCCGCCUCCUACAGACUCGCCCGACCUGGUGCCAUGGUGCGAGUGGACGUUCCGCGUGGUGACCUGCUCAACGACCAGCACAUGGGUGUGGUCACGGCCGCCGUCAGCCUCAUCACCUGCCUCUGCAAGAAGAACCCUGAUGACUUCAAGACGUGUGUCUCCCUGGCCGUGUCCAGGCUGAGCCGGAUCGUGUCGUCAGCCUCCACGGACCUGCAGGAUUACACCUACUACUUUGUGCCGGCCCCAUGGCUCUCUGUGAAACUCCUGCGCCUGCUGCAGUGCUACCCCCCGCCAGAGGACGCAGCGGUGAAGGGGCGGCUGGUCGAGUGCCUGGAAACCAUCCUCAACAAGGCCCAGGAGCCCCCCAAGUCCAAGAAGGUUCAACAUUCCAACGCGAAGAACGCCAUCCUCUUCGAGGCCAUCAGCCUCAUCAUCCACUACGACAGCGAACCCAACCUGUUGGUGCGGGCCUGUAACCAGCUGGGCCAGUUCCUGCAGCACCGGGAGACCAACCUGCGGUACCUGGCGCUGGAGAGCAUGUGCACCCUGGCCAGCUCCGAGUUCUCCCACGAGGCUGUCAAGACCCACAUCGAGACGGUCAUCAAUGCCCUCAAGACGGAGCGGGAUGUGAGCGUGCGGCAGCGUGCAGCCGACCUGCUCUACGCCAUGUGCGAUCGCACCAAUGCCAAGCAGAUCGUGUCCGAGAUGCUCAGCUACCUGGAGACGGCCGACUACUCCAUCCGAGAGGAGAUCGUGAGUAGGGCCUGAUGCUGGGGCCUGGGGCUAGUGGUUAGAGCCG